CGAGUUUUGGCUUUGCCGAGGCUGGAAUACGUUUAUGUAGAUCGAUGUAGUUUGUACUAUUUGCCAACGACGUUGAACACACAGUCGUUGAAGCACGUGCGGAUGUUCGAAAAUGAGAAUCUCACACAUUAUCCUCUUGUGUACGAGCAAUACAUACCUCCGAUGUUACAUUUUAUCUCACCGCAAAAAGUUUUGUUUCACACUCAACAAGGAAUUCCGCAACUUUUAGUGCCAAAAGAGAAUUUUGUGCUCAACCUUCCACGAUCGAUCAGCAAUUUUAGGAGCUGUACCGCACGAAAUCCAUCGUCUCUUGUUGAAAUUACGUUACGAAUUUCAUUUAAGUUGAUAAAUUCGUCAAAAAAUAAUUUCCUUAAAGGACUAAGAAUGCCUGAUACACUUUUAAAUCGCGUAAUGAUGGGUCCGAGUGGAUUUUGUGGUAAUGCUGCGUGUAAUCGCCCUCUUUUCAAGGAAUGUUGUUUUGUGUUGCUUCGAAGAUUUAAAACGAAUCAGCAGUACCUGUUUUCACAAAUGUUUUGCGGAAAAGAUUGCACACAAACGUGGACAUUGCAUAAUGUUGAGAAUUAUAAAUGUCUUUGGUGGAGUUGAAAACAAAAAUUAGAAAAAU